UUGGCUGGUAACCGUUAUGUUCGCGAUUGCUGUGUGCUUAUCAUCACAGAGACAUGGCUACACACACAAGUCCCUGAUGCCACGGUGCAACUAGUAGACCACACACGACACAGAUGGGAGAGGAACAGUGACUCCGGGAAGAACAGAGGAGGCGGGCUCUGCAUCUACGUGCAUGAUGGCUGGUGUAACAACAGCACUGUCUUGGACAGACACUGUUCUCCUGAUCUGGAAUUUAUGUCGAUGAGAUGCAGACCCUUCUUUCUGCCUAGAGAGCUAGCUGCUGUUGUCAUCACUGCAGUCUACAUACCACCACACGCUAAUGUAAACAUGGCUCUCUCUCUACUGCUAAAUGCCAUCAAUACCCACCAGCGCGCCCACCCCAGUGGAGUCCACAUCAUUGCAGGGGACUUCAAUAAGGCAAAUCUCAAGACUGUACUACCAAAAUUCCACCAAUAUGUAAAAUGCCCUACAAGAGGGGAAAACACUCUGGAUCAUGUGUAUUCCAACAUCAAGCAUGCGUACAGAGCUGUACCCCUUCCCCACCUGGGCCAGUCAGACCACCUCUCCCUGCUCCUCACUCCAGCAUACACCCCUCUCAGCCGACAAACAAAGCCCACAAAGAAGACCAUCACCACCUGGCCUGAGGACGCCCUCCCCCAACUACAGGACUGCUUCGAAAAUACACAGUGGGAAGCCUUCUAUCACGAAGACCUGGAAAUAUUCACAGAUGCAGUACUGUCAUACAUCAAGUACUGUAUUGGGAAUGUCACAGUUGAAAAGAGCAUCUGGGUGUUCCCAAACCAGAAACCCUGGAUGACGCGCCAGGUCCGUAUGCUCCUCCGGGCCCGUGACUCAGCCUUCAGGUCAGGCAACAGAGCAUUGUACAGCGCCGCUCGUGCCAACUUGAAGAGAGGCAUUAGGACUGCCAAAGGUGAAUAUAAGAGGAGGAUAGAGGAACAUCUAAACAACCCCAGGCAAGUGUGGCAGGGCAUACAGACCAUCACCAACUACAAAGGCUGUGCUGUGACACACCCGGGAACUUGGAUGCGGGACUGGCAGAGGAGAUGA